AUGAGCUCAACUCCUCGCUCAGUGCUCCGAAAACGACCGGGACAUCAUGACGAUCGGGUAAAUUGAUAAACUUGGCCUAAAAUUCCCUAAAAUUAAUCGUUUAGCGUGUCAGUUUCGCCGAACCGCUGUCUUACGAAAAACAGGCGCCACGAAAGCAGCUUCCGAUCGCGAAAACGACGCCGGUGGCGAAAAAAAGCAAGCCGGCCGAUGAAUCGCUCGAUAUUAUUUCGGUAAAUCGAAUUUUUACCCGAAAAAAAUAAUUCUUCCCCAAUCUUCAGUUGGGAAACCAGCAAAGCGACAUAACGGAGAGUAUAAUCGACGUGGAGAGCAAGUUUAUGAAACAGGCGAAGACAGUGCAAGAUUGGACGAACGAACUGCUUGGAUUCACGCAAUCCGUGUCCGAAAUGGAUUCCGGCGCGACGAGAGUACAGGCGAUGCUCGCGGAGCACGCCGCGAAGCUCGGAGCCAUGGAGCAGCGGGGAAAGAGGCUCGUCGAGCAGGCCGGAGAGAUUUGCAAGCAGUUCGAGGCGGUAGGCAAAGCUUUUUCUGUUUCUUUCUCUGAAAAACUCCUACAAUUUUUUCAGCGUCAAUCGGCCGAAUCCAAGUACUCGGAAGUGCUCGUCGAGCUGCAAAAGGCCAUCAGUUUUGUGAAUUGUACCAAAAUCUACGAUGUGGAAGGUUCGGAGCCGCUCAACGUCGACUACGACCGUCUUUUGGUGCUCGUCGACAAACUUGAAGCGCUUUCCGAUGAACUUCAAUAG